GUUUAGUUCGGUGUUGGUCCAAUCCAAUCCUAAUCUUAUUCAGUCGCUUUGUCAGUCGACACUCGACAGUCAGUCUGACAGUAUCGUAUCGGUCAGUACAGUUUUGUUGCUAAGAUUGUAGGUUAGGUUGUUCGCCUGUGAUUGUGUCAAAGGAAGUUAUCGUGUCUAUAGACUUGUUUACAUUUGAUAAAACGGGUUUUUGAGUUUCUACAUGUUAUAAUAAACCGUUGUUGGUAACGAUUUAAAAUUAUUUUAAUAUCAAUUAUUUCCUAUAAGUCAUUUACCCUAGUUGUCUAAUUUCAUUGUUCGUUUCUUUUGUUUUAAUAACAAUUGUUUGUGCUUGUGUCAAGGCAGUGUACACUUUAAAAGGUUUCACAUAGUUUAAGGAAAAGUACGAUAAGCCAGCCAACCUGUCUCCUGCCAAGCAACUGAAACAAAUAAUUAUACAGAAUGCGGAAAGUGUGAAUGCAGAGGAAGGAGGUAUGGAAGCGGACGCCAACCAGGACUUCCAGGACUAUUGGAACGAGAUUAGGAUCAUCCAGGAGACCAAGCGGCUGGACGAGUUCCUGGAUGAGGAGUACGGUGGCAGAGAUGACGAGGGGGAGGGGGAGGGAGAGGGCCUGGCAGAGACGGAAUGGUUGGUAGCCGCUGGUCUAGGACAGCUGGGGGAACCAUUCCUGGAGGGCAAGGAGCUGUCCGAGUCCGAUCUUACGACGGCACUGUCACUAAUGGCACCUCACCAGGCCCAGGCUAUCCGGCGCAGGGUGGACACACUGAACCACACAGUGCGCCAGCGCGCCAGACAGCACCGUGCAAGGCACCGCAAGCCCGACAUCCGGGACGUCUUCAGGGACUAUGAGAACUCCAGUACGGGUUCCAGGUCACGUAGUGCUACCCCAGACUCCCUGGAUUCCGGACCCCCCAGCCCACCAUCCCCCUGGCCCCCCACCAUUUACCACCACCCUGAACCAGACCCUAGCAGUCAACAGAUAACGCCACCUCCGAGUUUGACGCAGAUAUUCGAAGACCCAUCAGUGGUACCGGUGCAACGUGUCGAGUCGAGACGUGGGGUCCGCCGCCUGCCUAGCGCACCGGUACAGAGCAACCUGUUCAGGGCUGCCAACCGUUACGGAGGUGACAUCGUGGCCAGCGAAACAGCUGACGGCAUCCAGAUACUGGGCUACCAGAGGAUAGGGUCCGUGCGGUACACAUUCAGUGACAGCGGGCGUGACAGGCUGCGCAGUGGCAGUGACCCCGUGGGCCUCAACUCUGCUGACCCUGACCCCACAGAGCCUCAAGAGAUGAAGGACGUGCGUGGGAUGACAAGAAGCCAGGACAGUCUGUACAGUGAGCCCGAGCCUAGAAGGUCCAGUGGAAGUAGUUGCCACAGUAUCCACCAGGCUGCGUCACUGGAGCACUUGGGUUUCGAGGAGACCUGGGCUGGCGACUCUAUCACCUGCUCCAACAUGGAGGAGAGUGAGGAAGUGAUCGGAAGGACAUGGGUGGAAUGGUUGGGGGAGGAAGAUCUAGUCAAACUGCAACCCCUGGCGUUCCUGGAACUGACCGUUCUGCUGGACCAGAGUGGGAUUCGCUUCCCGAAGCGGAAACCCUACAAGCGGAAAAGGAAAGAAGAUGGUCCUGUGAUAUUUGGUGCUACACUUGCGUCUCUGCUAGAAAAAGAUCAACAGAUCACUAAUGAACCACAUAAUGUUCCUCUAGUCUUUCAAAAGGUGCUAGCAGAGCUGGAGAGGAGAGGACUGCAGGAAGAAGGCUUGCUGCGAGUGGCCGCCCACAAACAGAAGGUGCAGGCGCUGUGUGAUGCUCUGGAGAAAGAUCUCUAUACACAACCAGAGCGAGUGGACGCCAUGCUGCUGCGUGCUCCUGUGCAUGACCUCGCUACUCUGCUCAAACGUUUAAUACGUGACCUGCCCGAGUCAUUGCUCACUAACCAACUUGUAGACCUGUUCUACCAAGCUCACAGUCUAUCGGAGUGCAGUAGAGCACUGAAUCUGCUGGUGCUGCUGCUUCCACCUCCCAACCGGGCGACAUUGCAGUGUCUGCUGAACUUCCUGAACCAUGUCAUCAGCAAUCAGCAGCACAAUAAGAUGUCAGCUCACAAUGUUGCCAUGAUCAUCGCUCCUUCACUCUUCCCUCCCAGGUUUGUGAGCUCGGACAAGGGAAACCUGAAGACGCAGAUCAACUACGCAGCCGUGUGCUGCAGACUGACCGAGAUGCUGUUGCAACUCACCGACUCCCUGUUCCUGGUGCCUCCGCAGCUGCUCAGUCAACUCCGGAGACUCAACGAGCAGCAACGCUACAAGCUCAAGGAAAACAAGCCGAUGAAGCGGUUGCUAGGCAGGAGGGUGGCCAACGCCAGAGACCAGAUCACCCGUAAGAUUGACAACGAAGUAGACUUCCAGGAAGGGGUGGUGAGGGUCAGUGCCCCCUCAUUCCUGCUCACUGACAUCCCUGUCACCCUCAAGUCCACGACCACUGCGGGAGAGGUCAUACUUAGCCUGAUAGAGCAGUCCAGCAACACGGUGGUGCAGGCUCCCACAAAUGUCAAGAUGGGCCGCAAGGACAAGUCCAGAGCUCUGUCGGAGUUGGCGCCCAACGGCAACCUCAGUUGUCUGCUAGCCACGGCUGACACGGAGAUGGCUCUGCAGACUCACUUCCUGCACGAGAUCGGUGGCAACAUAGGGCAGAGACGGAUAGAUCCCAACGCCCUCUUACUGCCGGUGUAUCAGGACAAUCCAAACGCACAGUGGGUCAUCUGCUGUGAUCACAAGAACGGCAGCCACCGUAUGAUCUUCAAGAAGUGAAGCUACAAUCAAAUGUGCGAUAGGAGUGGGUAUAGUGUUACCAUCUAUUACGUAAUGGCGACUUAAUAUUAGUCAUAAUAAGACUACUAAAACUAGAAAUACCUCUUUGUUUUCCUGUACUGUCUUAACCCUUGAAGAAUGGCAACUCGAUAGACACAGUCAAAAGUAGGCUACUGAUGUGCGAUCUUCUUCGUGCCUCAAAAACAACAGUCGAUUAUUUUAAUUUUUUAACUGGACGUUUCUCAGCUGCCCAAGCUGAUUUACUAAUCACCAGUGUUUGACCAAAAAGACAAAAAAAGAAGCAUUUUGUUUUUUUUUGGUCCAUGCUAUAUUGUUUUAAAUUAUAUUUAUUAACCUUAAUUUUAUUUUAAAAUACCAAUGUGUUAAGAGUAAAGAUACUGUUUAUAUGGAAUAGUGUACAGAACCACUUUCCCCCUCUUAUCCCUCAAUAAUACACAGGGGAUGCAGAAAUAUGUUGAUUAAAUGGUUCUUAAAACUUUAAAGUGUGUUUAAUUUAGUUUAUUGGGUAAAACAAUUAAUUUAUUGGGGCUUAGUUUGUUUUUGUGUAAGCCAUUUAUUAUUUCCUAAGGGACUCUACAUUAUUCCAGAGACAUUUAUGUGGAAAUCAUUAAUUUAAUGACAUUAUUCAUUGGUCAAGCAACAAAUUCAUAUGAAUGAUUAUAUUUGUGCCAUUUUGGAGUCUAAUAUUUUAUUUAAUAACUUGAAAUAUAAAUACAGUUUGAAAGAAUACAAAAAUAAAUAUUUGUUAGAUUUUAAAUGAUCUAUUAUAUUGUAUUCUAAAAAGCAGAGAAGUUACACGUUUAUUUGCAAGUGACUGAAGAAUAUUGUUUUAUAAAUUAUGCCAAUUCUUCUCAUUUCAUUAUAGUAAAAUAUUAGUUGAUUUAGUUUUUAUAUUCCCAAUAUUAUCUUUUGCCUGACUGCUAAAUUGAUAAGUAAAUGACCCUAUUUUAUUUUUGAUCAAUUUCUUUUUAUUAUUGUAGUUUUUGUAUGUUUUUGUGUUUGUGCACUGUAAAAGAGUUCUGAAUAAUUGACGUUUUUAAGAUAGUAAGUUGUUAAUAAAAAGAUACAAGUUGAUUGAUAAGAACUUCAGCGAGGUCCUUGGAAGACAUAAUAUUUUUGUUCUACAGAGCAUAAUGAACUGAUGAAACAUAAAAUAAUACCAGACUGCAGUCAGUAAUAGUUUUGUGAUAUAUGAUUAUAAUAAUUAAACCUGUGCGUCCUGCAUACAAUAUUAUGGGUUUUUAAUUCUCGUGUUAAUAUUUUUACCAAAAAUAAUAAACUACUGGGGUGCUAUCAUUUUAUAUUAUUUAGUUUACUAUUUACAAAAGUAUUGUUUAAUCUAUUGUUCUUUUUUCCUUACUUUAUUAUUUUACUAGCUCACCGUAUUUUGUACAUAUUUUGACAUAAUAAUUUGUAAACAAUAGUUAGACAAGAUGAUGAUUGAUGUGAUUUUAAUUUAUUUCACUGGUAAUAUAAAAUGUAGAUACUAAUUUUUGUAUGAUAAUGUAAAUAGUUUUAUUUUAAUUAAGAAUGAAAUAAUUAGUUAUUUUAUAUUUUAUUAUUACGUAUUAGACUAUAGAGUUAUAAUUCAUCAACAAUGGCAGUAGAUUAACUAAUAUCUUUGUCUGAAUACAGUUUUAUUUUUUCUGCCUCUUGCACAAAUUAAUUUAAUUGUUGCCAAAAAGUGUCUUCUAUGAAAACCAGAGUUUUUUUUUUACCUGUCCUUAGUUUUCCACCCGCAGUUCACUUUGUUCAACAUAAUUAUAGGCAGCAUUAGUACUGUUUAUUUAAGUCAUUGAUGAAUUACAUUCCAUUUUGUCUCACUUUGUGCGUUUUUUGUUAAUAUAAGAGUGUGCUCAUUUGUUGAUUAUGUCAAAUAACAUAAUUUUGUUACCAGAUACUCAUAUUAAAUAAAGUGUUAAUUCUAAAAUAA